AUGAAAGUCGCAAUUCCCCGGAAACGGUCUACCUUCGUACCGUCAUCCAACAAACGAGUCUCACGGGCAUGUGCAUCAUGUCAUCAGCGAAAACAAAAGUGUAAUGGCAGAACUCCAAGUUGUGGCCAAUGUGAAGAGGCGAAGACUCCAUGCAUCUAUCCGCUAAAGUCGCGUGAAAAAACAAUCAAGCAAAUCCGAAGUCUUGAGGGAAAAGUGCAGGAUUACGAGACUACGUUGAAAGAGGUAGUAAAUCAGGCCGACGGCCAAUCUGCCGAACGCAUUAAACAUCUACUCCAGAAGUACAACUCCAAUUCAGACCAUGCAUUGAAUGGAAUGCCAGAUGCGUCUCAGGACCAGACUGGGGGGUCUAAGCGAUCUGGUUCCCCUUCUUCCAUCGGGUCACUGGAAGCGGUCGAUCGAGUUGAGGAAGACCUGAAUCUAACAGAAAGCUCCCGGGCCACUGGUUAUAUGGGCAAGAGCUCAGAGGUUACGUGGAUGGGCCGUGUGGAGGAAGAAACCGAACUGAACAGUCGCGAUCGAACACCAAAAGCUAAGCCUGAAGAUUACACCACCGACAAAGUCGCUCCAUCCAUGGUCAACUAUCAUAUUGAUGACCUGGGUAUUGAUGCACCCGGACCGGUACAAAUGUAUUGGGUGCCGCCUCAAUCGGUGGCAGAUCAUCUGUUUGAAACUUAUCUGCACGCAGUUCACCCGCAUUUCCCUAUCAUCAACAAAACUCUGUUUGCCAGUCAAUACAAAGAUUUUGUCAAUGACGUAUCUUACGCGGGUGAUAAAUGGAUGGCAAUAUUGAACAUGAUCUUUGCCAUUGCAACGGAAUACUUAUAUAACAGUGAUGAGGCACAUCGGGGGGAUAUCAAAGACCAUCUCUUCUACUUAACACGAGCUCGAAUGCUAAGUAUGGGCGGUGAUAGUCUAUUCCAGCAUCCGGAUCUUGAGCAAGUGCAAGUAGAGGGGCUGGUCGCAUUUCACAUGCUAUCGACAAACCAGAUUAAUAGGGCAUGGAGAAUCUCAGAUUUAGCAAUUCGGUCCGCCAUUACCCUUGGUAUCAACCUGAAAAGCAGUUCCCUGAAAAUGCCAGGCGUGGCGAAGGAGGUACCAUGUCGAGUUUGGUGGUGUCUUUACACAGUCGAACAUAAGCUAGGCUCGAUGACUGGUCGGACAACCUCUAUUUCGACCAACAUGUAUUCCGCUCAACUACCCCUCCCCUUUGACGAAGAUCAUUUGCCAGAAGAAGCAAAUUCAGAGCUUCUUGAUGACCUGCAUAUGAAAGAAAAACACGUGAACAUGGCCAUGACAAGCCCGCACCUUCGACACCCUGACUGCCAGCAGACUGAGGAAGCAAAAGCUGGGCGCUCUUGGCUUCAGAGCCUGCCAGUCAAUACGAGUCUUUAUUUCCUGUACUACUGUGAUCUCACAGUUUUGAAUCAAGAAAUCCUGGACCGCGUCUAUUCAGCCGGGAGUGCGUUAGUAUCAUGGGAAGAUAUCAAGGGCACCAUUAAACGACUGAAGGAAAAUGUCGAUACGUGGCUAUCGACUCUUCCACCCGGGCUGGACUUCACUUCUAUGAGAGACGAAAAGCAGCAAACCUACUGGGCAAAGACAAACUUGGCAUUCCACUAUUAUAGCACAAGAAUCCUGCUAGGUCGGCCGUGUCUCUGUCGGUAUAACCCAACUCGGAGUCAAGAACGACGGAAAAGUCUCGAGCAGCGGGGAUUUAGCCACGACAUGGCUAUCAUGACCCUGGAAUCGGCCAUGCACAUGCUCGAUUUGCUGCCCGACGAGCCGGAUUCCGCGCAUCUAUAUCAGUUCACCCCAUGGUGGUGUUUCCUCCACUAUAUCAUGCAGACAGCAACAAUAAUCAUCCUGGAGCUGUCAUUCGGCUGUGUGCAUAUGAAAGACCGAGAAAGCGAUCUGGUUCAGUCAGCGAAAAAGUCCAUCCGAUGGCUGUACAUGAUGUCCAUGCAUUGCACGGCAUCAUAUCGUGCAUGGCAACUUUGUCAAAGUGCAGCUCGCCGGAUGGUGUCUAGCAUGGGAUACGAUGCCAGCGACAUACCAGGAUCUCCGGAUAAGCAACCUGAUGAUCCCUGUGUUAAUUCCGCUGGCCUUUCAUCGCCUACACAGCUUAAUCCAACAAUGGACAGUGCGCAUGUCUUACCUUAUCACGGUCAAGGCCAAUCAUCCACUGUUCCUGUUACCGAUCAUGCUGUAAAUCAUUGCAAUAAUGACUUGGACCUCCAGGAUUCUUUGCCAUCUGGACUUUUAUCCACCCCGAGUACCCAAGAUCACACUGGAGGCGAUGCACAUUUCCCUUUGGACCCAAUUAACGAAGCAUUCAUUCGUUAUCUCUUCCCUUCGCUGGAUGGAGAGGACAACCCGGGUAGUGCAAAACCUAUAUUAUGA